CCACGCCGAGCAGCAACGAAGCAAGGAGGAGAGGACUGAAAAAGCACACGGCUGUGCAAGCACCAACGAAAGCACGUUGCACGGUGGCGAACAGCACGGCAAGAUAGCAAGGUCCGAGAGGGAACGAAAGGCAUUCGCGCAAUUGAUUGACUUGGGGGAAACUUGGGGCUCGGUGCACAUCACAUCAGCAAGCGCGACCGAGGUGCUGUUUUGGCGCGAAGGACAAUGGCCGACAAGGAGAGCUCGACGGGCACUCACGUUCAGGUCGCAGUGAGAUGCCGCCCACUGAAUAGCAGGGAGAAGUCGUCGGGAAACCUCCACGUGGUCAACACCGAGCCCUCCCACAACCGCAUCCGCGUGGCUCACAAGAAGUUGGACCGGACCUACCAGUACGACCACGUGUUCGGGCCGUUCGCCUCCCAGGAGGAGGUGUUCGUGUCCACGGUGGAGCCGAUCGUACGCGAGAUGCUUCAGGGGUUUUCUACCACCGUGUUUGCCUAUGGGCAGACGGGGACAGGAAAGACACACACGAUGGAGGGGGACAUCACCAGUGCUGAGGAUAUGGGCGUGAUUCCGCGGUCUGUGCACGCGAUCUUCGAUUAUCUAGAACGCAUCAGCGCUGACUACACCGUCCGGACGUCGUUCCUGGAGCUUUACAACGAGGAGCUGGCGGAUCUUCUCGCUGAUGGUAGCUCUAAGAGCAAGGUUGUCCUGCGGGAAGACAGUAAGCGCGGCGUUGUGUGCUGCGGCCUGGAGGAGGUGCAGGUGCUGACCGCCAAGGACAUCUUCAACAUCCUCGGCAAGGGUAUUCAGCAGCGGAAGACAGCGGCUACGCUCAUGAACAAAAAUUCCUCGAGGAGCCACUCGAUCUUCACUCUCAAGAUCAUGAUCAAGGAGUGCAUGCCGGACGGUCAGGAGGUGAUGCGGAACGGGCAGCUCAACCUAGUGGACCUCGCGGGGUCGGAGUGCGUCGGCCGGUCGGGAGCCAAAAACGCCAGGGCGAGGGAAGCGGGAAACAUCAACCAGAGCCUGCUGACGCUCGGUAGGGUGAUCACAGCCCUCGUGGAACACCACCCACACGUGCCCUACCGGGACUCUAAGCUGACGAGGCUGCUGCAGGAGAGCCUCGGGGGAAGGGCUAAGACCUGUAUCAUCGCCACGGUCACCUCUUCUUCUGAUGCGCUGGAAGAGACCCUGAGCUCCUUGGACUACGCCCUUAAGGCGAAGAGCAUCCAGAACAAGCCGGUCGCCAACCAGAAGCUCAGCAAGACUCACCUUCUCAAGGAAUAUGCCGGAGAGGUGGAGAGCCUCCGGUCGAUGUUGCAGGCCUCGAGGGACAAGAACGGGGUUUACAUUGAGCCGUGGCGUUUCGAACAGAUGGAAAACACCCUGGCCUCCCAGGGGAACCAGAUCGCUGAGAUGGAGGCCGUUCUCCACAGCCGCAACACCGAAACCAAGGAGCUCAAGACCGAGAGGGACGCCUUCAAGGCGAAGGGGCAGGAGUUGGAGGAGGAACUGGAGGCCUCUAAGGGCCGGGAGAAGGCUGUCUCCGCCACGCUCGAAGAGACACGAGGCCGCCUAGAGCGCGCGGAAGCGGAACUGGCUGCGUCGCGGGCCCAGGCGGCGGAGCUGCAAGCGAAGCUGGCGUCUACCGAGAAGGGACUGCAGGCUACCAAGGUGGAGCUCGCCGCCACUCGGGGAGUCGUGGCGGAGCAGGCGUCCACGGAAGGUGCCCUGCUAUUGGAGGCGGCGCAAACUGCGGAGUCCCUCGGGGCUGCGGAGCGCGACGUGGAGGGGCUGCUGGACAAGGUUGCCCGACAGGAGGCAGAAGCGGCCGGGAAGCGGAGCAACGCGGCCUCUUUCGGCGAAACCGCCGCCGCCGCCACCAAGGGCGUGUCGGAGGCUGUGUCUCGCUUCUCCGGAGAACACGCGAAGGGCUGCGGCAACCUCAAAGGCUUCCUCUCCAGGGCGGAGGAGGCGGCGAAGGCGGCAUCGUGGGGAUUGUCGGCGGCAGCGGCGGAGGCUCUCAAGCAGGUGGACCUGAAGUGCAAGGAACUGGCCGAAGGGGUUUCGACUGGAGCGGCGUCUACCGAGGACCUUGUAACCCUCGCUUCGGUCGCUCUCGAGGGUGCGCUGGCCGAGCAAAAGGGCGCAAUCGACGCCUGGAGCGAGCAGAUGGCGGCGUCGCUGGAAGACCUGCGCAGCGGCCUGGAGAGCCACGAGGGUGGUCUGUCUUCGCUUUGCGAGGACGUGGAGCGCCGGUCGGAAGAGGCUAGCAAGGAGAUGGCUGACUUCAAGGAGAAGUGUGCUAGCGAGCUGGCGGAGGUGCGCAGCUGGGCCGACGACCGCAUCGCGGCGCAGACUGCGCAGAUGGAGUUGCAGAGCGAGGAGGCUAAGGUGGUAGCGGCCAGGUCUAAGGAGGAGACCAAGGUGGAGGUCGCUCAGCUCAUGGAGUCGCUGUCGACCCUCAUGUCGGGGCUGCAGACCAACGCCGCCGCUCGCGCGGACAGCCAGGCCGCGGCGGCCGGGGAGGCUUGGUCGAGAUCCAUCUCUGCGGCACGCUCUCUUGGGCCCGAGGUUUCCCAGAAGAUGGGAGGCAUCGCGGAGAGCCUUGCCAACGGGAGCGAGAGCGUGGCAAAGAAGCUGGCCCUGUCCUCGAGUGCCACCGGCAACAGCAUCAAGGAGCGCCAAUCUGCUGCCGCGGGCUUUGUCGCGUCUACCGCCGCCGUGUCCGACGUUUUCGCGGCGGGUGCUACCCAAGCUUCCGACCUCGCCGACGCCGCCAGCUCGUCCCUGAAGGAGAAUAUGGCGGCAGUGUCGGGGGCCGUCGCGAGCACCGCCGAGGGCUGCAAGGCCGCCACGGAGAGCCUGAGGCUAGGAAACGGCGAAGCGGUCGAGCGUGUUGCAUCACUCGCCUCGUCGGCGGACCGGGAGGCCGCCGGCCUUGCCCAGGAGGGAGGGCAACAGGUUGGGGUCCUCACCGCAUGCGUGGAAGGCCUCGAGUCCGACCACACUUCUUCCCUCGGGCAGUGCGUGUUGCACAUCGAGGACCACGUGGAGGAGGCGUGCGCUGUCCGAGACCCGUCGGGAGGAACUCCCGGAAAGAAGUCUUACCCUCGCCCGGAGACAUUCAGCACCACUCGGCCGCACGAAGAGAUCAUGUCGGAGAUUCGCGGCGGAAACCUGGAGGAGUUAUUCGCGUCGUCCGAGGUGCCGCAGGGAACAGGGACGACGGUUUCGUUCUCCGAUUCUGCGUCCACGGUACCGUCGACCCACGAGGAAGAAGAGAAUGAGGGAGAGGGACAGCAGACGACUGGCGACCUUGAACAGGACGACGCCCAAGACACCACCGUCCCGGCCGAACUCGCAAACACCACCGCUGCUACUGCUGCUGCAGAUGCUACCUCCACCGAUCAGGACACCGGAGACGAAGGCGGUGCCGCCUCCCCCGGUGCCGAAAACCGCUCGGUCAAAGAACUCGCCGGCGGGGUGACCAACCCCACCGUCGAGGGAUGCACCACCGGCGUCGUCGUCGACUUGAAGUCGAUGACGGAAGGACGCGGUUCGAGGAUAGCAGCGCGGACGUCGGCCUCAAGCGGAAGAGGCUCCGUCGGGGAAGGUUCUUCGGCAGGGGGAGAGGGGGGCGGGGCGGAGGCGCCCAGCCCUCCACUUGGCGAGGCAACCAACACCUCGAGCAAGGCUCCCCGAAGUAAGAUCCCGACCGUGAGACGUGCGACACGUAGCACGCGAGGGUCUGUCUAAGGUCUAAGUUGGGGGGGGGGGGUGUAUAUCUCCACCCUGCUGGUUUUUAGAUUUGUUUUUUGUUGUUGCGGUGAAGAGUGGAGAGUCUUGUGGUUUCUCUCUCUCUCUCUCUCUCUCUCUCUCUCUCUCUCUCUCUCUCUCUCUCUCNCGAAGAAAAGCCAAUACUUCGAAGCAUAUAAUAUGCAUGAACAGACAUGCAGAGCGUAUAAGCUCUCUUUAUCUACUCUCUCUCUCUCUCUCUCUCUCUCUCUCUCUCUCUCUCUCUCUCUCAGGGUGGGGGGGUGCUCUGUCUAAUGUUUUGAGAGAUUGGAUGAGGGACUCGCCCACAUCAGGGCGUAUUCUUUUCUUUUUGUCUCUGGUCGGCUGGCUGAUUGCUGCUGUUGUUGCUGUGGCGCUCAUCCAUCCAUUUCGUGAUUCUGGUUCCAUCGCUGUCGCGCACACGCUCCUGGUUGGGGUCUUACUGGAAAGUUGUGUGCUUUGGUGGAGAGAUUUUUUUGGACGGGACAGGGUAGGUCACGCUGUUGCUUUUUGUGUUCUUGUUUCUGUGGUCUUGGCGGAAGAAAUUGAUUGUCGGAGGUCCCUCCUCUUCAAAAUUGCGGUGGAACAAACUGCCCAACGGAACACGGCGAUUGCAGUCAAGAAUCUAUGAAGGUGUUGACCGGAUGAGAUUUUGCAGCAGAUUGCGGUCAAGAAUCUACGAAGGUGUUGACCGGGUGAGAUAUUGCAGCACGUGGUUAUUCAGCGGCAAGGCAUUCUGGCUCCUGUUUUGAUGCACGGGUGCUUUGUCUCAUCUGCUUGUGGGGCACACGCGCUAUUCGGGGCGAAAGGGUACCAGCUAUUUUCUACCAAGUUUGUACUCAUUCCAUGGAACAUGGUGGAUAUUGUUGAUGGAGAGGGCGAGUGAGAUCCUUGCAGGAGCUAGCCCAUCCAAUGUAGAACUUGUCUGCUUUUGAUUUCAGGGGUCUCAGCGGUUGGUUAGGUGUGCGGUUUCUUGUGAAGAUAUCGUGGAUGGGGGGGACUCAGCCAUCGCAUGGCUGACACCUUAGUACCAGGGUAAACGAGUUUUUCUUUUUUGAUAUUUGUCCCAAUCGUCGUCUUGCUUUUGUUGGAGCGAUGGAAUUAGGGGUUGGUUGCUGGUAAGUGUAAGGAGUACGGGGGUUGAGAGGAGGGUUGAAGGAUGCGGCUUAAUUGUGUCGGGCAGCCUGAUAGGCUCAGCUUGCAUCGUACAGGAAGCCUUCGAGGUACGGUACAUAACUCCGCUUGUCUGUGCCACUUGUGUAACGGGAAUAUUGAAGAGUUAGAAUCGGAGAGUCGUAAAUAUAUGGGUUUGUUGGUGAAAAUGGCGAGAGUUUAAGAUGAAACACCGUUUUUCUAGAGUGGUCGUUGGACGUCCAUAGCACAGAAAAAUUCAGACAUCGUUAUGGAUAUGCAUAUUCUACUUCUAUCUCGAACGUUGAUGUUUCUCCGAAUUUGAAUAGCCUUGAGAAGGUUCGGAGACUCAUUUCUUCUUCAUUUUUUUUUUUUUGCCUACCGCCGUUUCGGCGUUUUGUGGGUGGUGAGGAGAUGCACCAAGCGGGGCAUAAAAGAUCGGCCGUUCUCGUUCGACUGAUGCACAUGAUUCCUCGUUUCUCGGGCGCGAGAGCCUCGCGUCACACACGGCACACGGUCCUUCAGACGUUGUUCGGAUUCGUAACU